AUAUAUUUGAGAAGGUUACUUAGGUGUGAAGAUAACUAAAUUAUUCUCAAUUUUAGAAAGGAUAACGCAGAUAUCACCAUGAGCUCCAUCCUGGAGUUAGCUGAUCUUAAAAAUUCAAUUGCAGAAUUGAAGGAAUCUGAUCUAUUUGCCUCAGCUAAAGUAAAGGUGGACAGAUCUUGCAAAGAUCUCCUUGACAGUCUACCAAAAAUCUACACUAAAUCAGAAGAAAGGGCCAAGGUUUAUGAUACAACUGUGCAGCUGAUGAUAACGGUAGCCUCCUACAGAGCUGUCGAGGGACCAACAAUUCUCUACUACCAAGGAAAAGCAUUUUCGGGUGGCUUUCCCGAAACACCUGUCGAGAAGAAGCAACGUUCCUUCCCAAGAAUUGAAAGCAUAUUUUCAAGGUUGGAAAGGAAUGCAGCUAGAUUGAGGUUUGCAAGGGAAAGUCAUUCAACACCAUGCUGGAACUGUCAAGCUAACCCGUGUCUUCAUGGUAAACCUGUUCCUGACCCCAUCAGAGUAGGGUUAAGGGUCAUGCCUGAACAUGAUCGGUGCUUUUCAUUUAAGCGUGGUAACACCAGGUCAGGUCAAUCUGGAAUUAUGAAGUCUGAGGACUAUGCAGAGUUUGGAACAUCAGGAGGAAACCUUGGUCCCUGCAGUCAGAGGGAGAUGUUAUGCUACAGCUGUGAGUAAUUGUUGCUCUGAGGGAAAUCAGCAACUUAUUCUGGAGAUUUAUUAAUUUUAAAUCUUUCUCUGAUGUAAUCAAUUAUAAUUCUCAUUGGUUUUAUUGUUUUGAAUAUUCUAAACAGUAUGUCACCAUAAGUAAUCAUUCAUUUUGUUAAACUUGAAUUACAAUUUUAACUCGA